CUCGUUCCCCCGUUAUUGUUGCCCUGCACACUCCAGUUUACAACAUGCACGUUCGUGGCUUGUUGGUGCUUUUCGCGUUGGUCUUAGUAACCGACGCGUACCGCCUUCGCCGCACGGCAGACGACGACGAAUGUGUGACAGAGUGUCGCGCGUUCGUCGACAACUUCCAAGAAGACACGUGCGAGCCAUUUCGGUACCGCGUCCCUCGGCCGGCGCUGUACUCUCGAUGCACAGAGGCCUACUCCGCUGCCACGGCGGCAGGGUGCUCCUACUGCUCUGCUACGGCCGCCAAGUUAGCGCACAUCACGGACAGCGUGUUCCACUACUGCGACCAGUGGGGCCGCGGCCACGACCGAGGGUACGAGCAAGCGUGCAAGGACGGGUACCUUACCUCGACCAACCACGUCAAGCGUUUCCUCAAAACCAGCCAGUACGAGCCCGUGCAAGAUGACCGUGUCGACAGCCGGCCGAAAGAUGAGUCGAACAACCCGCGCCGCAACACCGACGACGACGAUAUGGUCGAGUCAGCCGAGUCCAUCGUCCAGCGUCAUUUGAACGAAGCGCGCCGAGAAGCCAUCAACGACUUUGAACACCGCGACCGCCACGACUACCGCGGCCUUUAAAAACAAGUUGAUGAACAUCAUCUUGUGCCGAUACCAUAUUAGCAUUCAUUCUUUUAGCCAAUCAUAAUUCAAAAAAUCAAUAUUUUUAGCCAAUC